AUGUCUGCAUCUCUGAAAGGCUCAAAUAGCUCCAAAUUCCAGGUCUCCGAGUUUAUCCUGAUGGGGCUCCCAGGCAUUCACAGCUGGCAGCACUGGCUCUCCCUGCCCCUGGCUCUGCUCUACCUCUCCACUCUUGGUGCUAAUAUCCUCAUCCUCAUCAUCAUAUGCCAGGACCGUGCUCUUCAGCAGCCUAUGUUCCAUUUUCUAGGUAUCCUCUCUGUUGUGGACAUGGGCCUGGCCACCACCAUUAUGCCCAAGAUCCUGGCCAUCUUCUGGUUUGAUGCCAAGAUCAUUAGCCUCCCCCAGUGUUUCGCUCAGAUUUAUGCCAUUCACUGCUUCGUGGGCAUGGAGUCUGGUAUCUUCCUCUGCAUGGCUUUUGAUAGAUAUGUAGCUAUUUGUCACCCUCUUCGCUAUCCAUCGAUUGUCACCAAUGCCUUAAUCUUUAAAGUUACCCUGUUUAUGGUGCUUAGAAAUGGCUUGUUUGUCAUCCCAGUGCCUGUGCUGGCUGCCCAGCGACACUACUGCUCCAGGAAUGAGAUUGACCACUGCCUGUGCUCUAACCUUGGGGUCACGAGUCUGGCCUGUGAUGACAGGAGGCCAAACAGCAUUUGCCAGCUGGUUCUGGCAUGGCUUGGAAUGGGGAGUGACCUAGGUCUUAUCUUGUUGUCCUAUACUUUGAUUCUGCACUCUGUACUUCAGCUGAAUUCACCAGAAGCUGCAUCCAAGGCUCUGAGCACUUGCAGCUCCCAUCUCAUCCUGAUCCUCUUCUUCUACACAGUCAUCGUAGUGAUUUCAGUAACUCACCUGGCAGACACUCAGGCUGCUUUGAUUCCAGUUCUGCUCAACGUGCUGCACAACAUCAUCCCGCCUGCCCUCAACCCAAUAGUCUAUGCACUUAGGACUAAAGAACUUAGGACAGGUUUCCAAAAGGUGUUUUCUUUGAACUUAGGAAAGAAAUAA